AUGGAAAAGAAAAUCAAGGCAGUGCAGCUGAAGAAGAGGAUCGCCGUGGAAAAUAUAAAGUCGCUGGAACGGUUCCAGGCAGAAUACUCUACCGAAGAUGCCAAGCAGAUUCCAGAGGCGUUAGAGGAUUUAGAGAAACAUAAGGAAGGGUUCUUCGCCGCGGUUUCCAAACUGGAAGAGCUCGACGACAGUGACACAAUGAUCGAAGCUUGCAUCAUGGAAAGGAUCGACAUCGAGGAACGCUGCCGCAAGCUGAAAUCUUUUCUUCGAGAGCAUCAACCGAAGGAAGAAGGUUCCCUUAACGAGACGACAGACAAUUAUUCAGUGACGUGGGCAGCACUUUUAAAACGGUACGAUAAUUCUCGUCUGCUAAUACGUGAGUAUUAUCGUAAAUUGCACUAUCUUCCCGGAGUGCAAUCGGUGUGCGUGGACAAGCUAACCCACUUGGUGGAUGAGUUCACCCGUUUCGUCAACGGACUGGUGAAGCUCAAGGAACCGGUCGAUUCAUGGGACACACCACUAUCCAACAUGCUCCUCAUGAAACUGGAUCGUGAAACGUUAUUAGCUUGGGAAAAACACUCCGUGCACUUCACCAAGGAUAAGUACAAGGAUGUGAUUGCGUUCGUACAAGAUAGAAUCCAGAUACUUAAAUCGACCAACAACUUUGUGAGUGAUCAAAGCGCUAGUGGCAUUAAGGUGGCCGGCAUUCAUCGUCACGCAGUGCAACGGAGGUUCGUCGCAAAUGUAGCUGCAUCGUGCCCUACUUCUGCUGUUUCAUCUGGUUCGAUUCAGCAGCCCAAGUGUCCGUUAGAGUGCGCAGAAGAUCAUCCAUUACGCAGCUGUCCAGUUUUCAUCGGCAAGGAGGUUCAGCAUCGACGGGACGUCGUCUCAUCGAAGCGGUUGUGCUGGAACUGCCUAAGCAGCACACAUCAAGUCAGAGCGUGCAAAUCUGACUAUUCGUGUCGUACGUGUCGUGAACGCCAUCACACUCUCCUUCAUCACACGCCACCUAGAACGGUCACAAUGGCAGCACAUUCGGACGACGACAAAGUUUUCUUGGAAACAGCAAACGUCCAGGUCAAGGACGAUUACGGCAAUAUUUUCGAGGCAAGGGCCUUACUCGACUCCGGUUCCAUGUCGAAUUUCAUAUCCGAUGAGUUCGCUCGGAAAUUGUUGACCAGUUGCAACAAGGUUAACGUCGCUGUAUCGGGCAUUGGAAAUGCAGUACAGCAAAUGAAGGGUUCGAUCGUCGCAACGGUGCAGUCGAAAACUCAAUCCUUUGCUACGGAGAUGGCUUUUCUGGUAUUGGAAACGCCAUCAGCUCACAUCCCCACUUCACCUACGGACAUCUCAUCGUGGAAAAUGCCGGACGUGGCAUUAGCUGACACCAACUUUAAUUUGCCUGGGCAUAUCGACAUCGUCAUCGGAGGCGAUACUUUCUGGGAGCUUCACACCGGUCGCAAGCGCUCUAUUGGCAGAGGCAAACCGUGGCUAGUGGAGACGCACUUCGGCUGGGUGGUAUCCGGCAACACGCAGCACUCAUCAAGUGGUCCGCGGGUGUGCCAUCUCGCAACACACGACAUCCCCUUGGAGGAAAUUUUGCAGCGCUUUUGGGAAAGCGAAACCAUAGCCGAGGAUCCUGUGCUAUCGGUCGAAGAGGAUGCCUGCGAGAAACACUACUCAUCGACAACCGUUCGCAAUUCAGCGGGAAGGGGAAUCUAA